AUGAACGCCAGCAUUAUGACUGUGUCUCCUAAGCCUGGACCACAGGUGAGGCUCAUUGAGCUGACAGCUGAAGAGUUAUCCACGAGAAAGAUCGGAUCGCACAAUCUGCAGGCUGCCGUCGAAGCACUUCACCAAGAUGGUAUUGUUGUCCUUAAGAAUGCUGUUGAUCCAGCCCAUCUUGAUCAACUAAAUGCCAGAAUGGUGCCUGAAGCCAAGGAGCUGUACGCCCGGCCAAGUACGCACCGCAACUUUGGUAACAGCACCGGUAAUAUCCAGCAGGAGCCAGUGCUCGAGGAGGGCUACCUCUUCGAAGAUGUGAUAGCGAAUCCCUGGGCUACCGAGGUUAUCCAGUGCAUGCUGGGGCCUAAACCGACUCUCAGAUUCUAUAGCGCAAACACUGCGUUCAAGGCUGAGGGGCGGCAGCCGCCACAUAUUGAUAUCGAUUUCGACUUCCCCAAGUUGCCCUUUGGGUACUGCGUUAAUAUCAACUUGGUCGAUACGUCACCAGAGAACGGAGCGACAGAAGUCUGGCUGGGCAGCCACCAUGAUACGGACAAGUCUGUACUCGACUCCAGUGUGAAGCACAAGCAGAUUAAGGCGGAGCUCCGGGAGGCGCGGCGCAAGUUCAGCCCUCCAAUCCAGCCGAGCCUGCCAAAAGGAUCGCUUAUCAUCCGCGACUUUAGACUAUGGCAUGCGGGUAUGCCGAAUAGGACCGACGAGCCGCGGGUGAUGCUUGUUUCGGUCCAAUUCCCUCACUGGUAUCGAAGUGAUCUGAAGAUCAAGCUUCCCAAGAGCGUCGACGGCAAGAUCCAAUGGGGCGAUAUCACACCUUGUGUGGAUUGGAAGGAGGAGGACUAUGACUACCUGCAGGGUGCACACGACCAUGACUUCACCCUGCAGCCAUAG